CCGCCCCGUGCAUCCUCCCACCUCCCGGACUAUCCUCCGUGUGCGUGGGACAGUGACACGUAACUCUGUCCGCUUACGUGACCAGGCGGGACACCUCCACCUGGGGCAGGAGAGGACUUUUUCUGACCCCCACCUCCACCUCCUCCUCCAUGUCUCCGACCAAAUAAACCGUACAACUCUGAACAGUUUGUAGCAAUGGAGGCGAGAGACGCGACUGCAGGAGCUCUUGUGGGCAGUGAUGGAGAGGAACAAACCGCACAGAGGGAUGCAGCUCCUAAAAAAGAUCAACCGCAGACCAAAAGCAAGAUGGAGAAGAUAUUUGGGUUCAGGAAGGAGGAUCUGACCUCCUGGAGCAGCCUGGUGACCCUCCUGAACCGCCCCACUGACCCUGCAUCCCUGGGGAUUUUCCGCUGCUUGUUUGGUUUGCUGAUGGCCAUCGACGUCACACAGGAACGAGGCCUCAGUCACCUGGACUACAAGUACCUGGAUGGCGCCCCUGUGUGCCGCUUUCCCCUCUUCAAUUUCCUACAGCCGCUGCCACUGGAUUGGAUGUACCUGGUGUAUGUGGUGAUGUUCUUCGGCGCCUUGGGCAUCAUGCUCGGCUGUUUCUACCGCCUCUCCUGCCUCAUGUUCAUCUCCACGUACUGGUACAUCUUCUUUCUGGACAAAACGACGUGGAACAAUCACUCCUACCUGUACGGCCUCAUUGGAUUUCAGCUCACGCUCAUGGACGGCAAUAGAUACUGGUCCAUCGAUGGAUUGCGGAGGCCUUCUAUCAGAAAUGCUCAUGUGCCUCUAUGGAAUUACACUUUGUUGAGAACACAGAUAUUUAUUGUAUACUUCCUUGCUGGAAUCAAAAAGUUGGAUGCUGAUUGGGUGGAGGGAUACUCAAUGUCAUACUUGGCACACCAUUGGCUGUUUGAUCCUUUCAAGCUGCUUCUUCCUGUGGAGUUAGUAAACUUGCUGGUGGUGCACGGUGGCGGUCUUAUUCUCGAUCUCACCGCUGGAUACCUUCUAUUUUUUGAUGUCACGCGACCGUAUGGAAUUUUCUUUGUAUCCUACUUCCACUGUAUGAACUCUCAGCUCUUCAGUAUCGGAAUGUUUUCCUACACAAUGCUGGCCACCAGCCCUCUCUUCUGCUACCCCGACUGGCCAAGAAGAUUCUUCGCACGUUUCCCAGCAUUCCUCAAGGCAGUCCUGCCACUUACCUCACCGGAUUCUCAGCCUAGUACUUCCUGUGUUUACAGCGAGAUCCGCAGCACCGCCACCGAUCGCCAGGAGACCGCGCCGCCUGUCGCCAAAUCAUCCAAACUGAGACACAAGCUGGCAGCCGUUUUUACUAUUCUCUACAUAACUGAACAGUUCUUCAUGCCGUACUCCCACUUCAUCACACGGGGUUACAACAACUGGACCAACGGCUUGUACGGCUACUCGUGGGACAUGAUGGUUCACUCCCGCAGCCAUCAGCACGUUAAGAUCACUUACAAAGAUGGAAAGACUGGAGACGUCGGAUAUCUGAACCCGGGGGUGUUCACACAAAGCCGUCGUUGGAAAGACCAUGGAGACAUGCUCAAGCAGUAUGCCACGUGCCUCAAUGAGCUCCUACCUCGCUAUAAUAUCACCGAUCCUGAAAUCUACUUUGACAUCUGGGUGUCCAUCAAUGAACGCUUUCAGCAAAGGAUCUUUGAUCCCCGUGUGGACAUUGUCAAGGCUGAUUGGUCACCUUUCAAACCAAACUCAUGGCUGAUGCCUCUACUGGUGGACCUCUCGCCGUGGAGGACCAAGUUCCAGGAGAUCGAGGGCAGUUUGGACAAUCAGACUGAGAUUGUCUUUAUCGCGGAUUUCCCAGGUCUCCACUUAGAAAACUUUGUAAGUGAAGAUCUGGGCAACACCAGCAUCCACGUACUGCAGGGCCAAGUGAACGUUGAGGUAGUGGCAGAGAAAAAGAACUACACUCUUCAGCCUGGUGAGCAGACAAAGGUGCCUGCUGGGGAUUACCAUAAAGUGUACACAGUAUCUGAAGGCCCAUCUUGCUACAUGUACGUCUACGUCAACACGACAGAGGCGGCGCUACAGGAGAACUUCACCAAGCUGUUGGAGCUCCAGGAGCGUGUUCGCAAUGGGACAGAAACCGAGCCGCUUCCUCCUGAGCUGCAGCCUCUUAUGGCUGCGGAAGAUGACGAGAUUAACGCCACCGACCCGAUAGUGCAGCUGUUCUUGAAGAGGCAGCGACGCAUGAAGGAGGUGAAGAAACGCAGGGAGGCCGGCACGCUGGAGCGACUGGAGCGCUUUGCAGUGAAAAAGUACUACACGAUAAGAAGGGGAUUCUUGAUGACAGCCAUUGCUAUGAGAAACCUGGUCGUGGGUCUCCCUCCUCUUGAACAGCUGACGAGAGAAGUUACCUACGCCAACAUGAAAGCACCUCUGGGGGACGGCAAAGAGGACGAACGUCUAAAAGAUGAAGUUGGUCAUGGAGAACUUUAAGGGACCAAAGAUAUCCUGUUCAAUGCCUGCAGGUUCACACAUUUCCAAACAGAUGUGUGUUUUGUUACUACUGGACUGUUACUGGGACUUCAUUACCCAGAAAUCCAAGAAUUUUUUAAUUUUCUAAGCUUAUAAUAUUUGAGAUUUUUUCCAAAUGUAAAAUCAGUAUUUUUUGAUAGCGUUUGUUUACGAAUUCAAGCAGAGAAUGUUUCAUGCGGAGGACGCUGCAUGUUGCCAGAUAUGCUUUGCUGUGCAAGAUCCAUUUCUUCCGUUUUGCUUAAUUAUGAUUAUGGCUGAAAGAAACACCAAGACACUGACAGUUAACUAAAAAUGCUCUGUGACAGAUGAAAUUUGCAUUAUGUGAUCUGCUGAAAGAUCAUACUUUAAAUACGCUCAACUACUACACAUUAAUGCUUCUUUGUCUGGGGAUGAAAAUGUACAACAGACACGCCCGUUGUUACUCGAUAGUUUUAAGUUUUAGGGUACAGAUUCCUGCAAACAUGAACAGGAUCAAGUGGCCGAUAAUUCCUCUUCCUCUGGGUGAAUUUGCUCGGCUCUAAUUUCAACGAUUCAAGACGAAUCAAGCACAUUUUCAGCUAUACAGAAGGAUACGUGAAGGUUUACCCUGUUUGAGGGAACAUACUUCUUUUAUGCUAACCCUGUAAUGUGAGAAACAGAAAUACAAAACGCUUGUUAGAUCGUCAAUCAGCCGCCUUUUCUAGUCACUUUUCUAAUAAAGAGCUCAUGGUGUCAAUAAAUGUGAUGUCAUUUCGAUUAAACACACGUGAGGUUUGUGGAAA